AUGGACGGCUUCUACCCGUACUCAUACGGCACCUUUGCAUGGCUGGUCCUCCAGGGUACUGCUCUUCUGGUCACUCCAAAACUAAUAAUCACUACUCUGAUAGAUGAGACCCGACAGCCUACAUCACUCGAAGUAUACUUUGCUAGGAGCUGCGGGAUAGGCCAGGUAUCGCUGGCUUUGAUGUUCCUAAUCCUCACCGGGGCACUACCGCUUGCUUCUUCGUACUCGAUUACUGCAGAGGAAUCCGACCCCAAGAAAGAAUAUGCAUUCCCGGUCCUCUUGAUUAGCGCUGGCUUCCAUGCCAUGGUAGCUGGUUACACAUAUUCAUGGUAUUCCGGCACAGGUCAGACAGGAUUCGCAGCGGGGAUGCUAGUAUCUGGCUUUCUGGCUGCUAUGGGGCUCUGGUGCAUGUUGUUUUCCGGGUCAAGCAGAAUCAGUAAGAGGACUGGAGCUGACAAGAGGACGUCUGGGUUUCCAUUCAAGAACAUAGAAGCAGACAAGAGGAAGAAGAGGUGA